AUGGCUCCAGCGGCACCCACGACGACGACGACGCCGCCGGCUACUACACGGCCACCCCUGGCGGCCAGGGCAGCCGUGCCGCUCACCACGGCCUGGACGCCGCCGUCGUCAUGCGCGACGGCCGUUCCCGUCGUGGAUGGCGGAACCUGCCGGUCCGCCGCCACGGGCUGCUCGUGGUUCCCGUCGGGCGGUGUCACCACCACGCGCGCCGACGUCAACUACCCCUACAUGACGGCCCCUUGGGCGUACACGUCGGCGUCGUGCGUGCCGCCCGGAUGGAACGGGCAGUCGUACAUGAGCCCGGCGACGGGGUGCCCGACGGGCUACGUCACGGCCUCGACUAGCAGGGGGCUUGUCGGGACGCAGACGUCUAUUGCGUGCUGCCCGAGCGGCACGGCGACGGCCGGAUUCUCCCUCUUCAGCCUCAGCUACGUCGUGUCCAUCGUCGCCCUCGUCGGCAUGGCUGCCGCCGGCCUUCUCGUGCUCGGCUGUUUGUGGUACUGUUGUUGUAGGCGCCGGCCGCCGCGUAGGUAUUAUAACAACCCGAGAAGGACGGGAUUUAAUAACCCACAGCCACCCCCGGUCUUCUACCCGCCACCCCCUCCUCCCGUCUUCCACCCGCCACGACCUGCUCCAGCUUUCAGCCCCCCACGACCUGCUCCUGCGUUCAAUCCCAGACCACCCCCUACCGGUCUCUUCAACCUCCCCCGGCCAGCCGCCGUCCCCAGGCCAGCCGCCGUCCCCAGGCCAGCCGCCGUCCCCAAGACGAUCGACAAGAGCCUGUGCAAGACCUGCCAGACACGCUGCCACGACGCCGCCAAGACGGAGCGCAACGGCUGCUGCUCCUGCCGGGACACCCGCACGACCCCACAAGACGCCGUUCCCAAGGCCCAGCGCAUCGCCUCCUACUGCGGCACCUGCCGGGACCGCUGGGCGCGCGUCGGCCCCGGAAAGUGCCCGGCCCGCUGGCACCUCGACAAGCUCGAGUGCAAACACGGCCGAGCCGCCGCCUGCUCCCGCUCCGCCACAUUCGACCCGGCCUGCUGCCUCUGCACCGACACCCGCCCGGGCCGCCUCAUCCGCGGCGUCCGCCUGGCUACCUACUGCGCCCCCUGCGCCGGCCACUGGCGCGCCCAGCCGCCGACUGCCCUCCCCAACACUAUCUGCUGCGCCCGCGGCGGUGGGGGUGGUGGCAGCGGUGGUUGCGCGCGCGAGCCCGACGGUCUACUCGAACUCCUACACCGCAGCAACCUCCCCUGCUGCGCCUGCAUCGACACGCGGCCACGCGCGGGCGAGGCGGAAGUGUCGCUCGCGGACCGCCUCGCGCCCUACUGCGCGCCCUGCCGCGGCUUCUAUGGCGGGGUGGUGCCCGCCGCCCUACCCGAGAAGUGGCGGGUCAGGUGCCGCCAUGGCAAAAAGCUGGUCUCGGGCGUUGCCGUGGUGCGGUUCGGGUCGCCGGACCGGUGCUGCUGCGCGUGCGGCGACGCGCGCGGAGAGGACAUGAGUAGGGAUCAGCGGGUGGCGGCGUACUGCGCGUCCUGUCGGGACUUUUGGGCCGACGUUCCGGACGCGGCGUGCCCGGACGAGUGGGGGCUGGACCGGUGCGCGCACGCCAGCGCGGCCUGCGGCAGUCGGCGGUGCUGCGGGUGCAGGGACGAACGGGCGCUGGUGCGGACGCUGGCGGAGCGCGUGGCGACGUACUGCGCCGCGUGCCGGCCGCUGUGGCUCGGCCGGGUCCCCCGGGCGGACCACCCGGCGCACUGGGAGCACGGGUCCGGGCUUUUCCCGACGCUCAAGGACGGGCCCCAAGGCGAGGACCAGAAGCCGCACGUGGCGUUCCCGCUCGAGCCCAAGGACAGGUACCGGCGCAUGCACGACCAGGGGCCGCGGGCGGGGGCGCCGCGGUUCGGGGAGGAGGAUAUGGACGAGCCGGAUGCGGAAGCUGCGGUUCGUCAAGACGGCAGCACUGCGAGUCCGGUCGCGAGACCGCAGCAGGCCACCAGCCCGAUGGGGUCGCAGGGGAGCUCGAGCAGGAACUUCCCGACGGGGCUGGGGGCUGCCGGCCCCGGGUCUGGUGCGGCGUCCCGGCCCGUGUCUCCUGGGCAGGAAGAAUAUGCCGAAAAGGGGCUGUGCAGGGGCGCCCCGAGCUUCGCGGUCCUGCCGACGACAUCCCCCGUACCGGCCGAUGAAGAAGCAGUUGCGCCUCCCCGGCAGCAGACGUCACCGCGGCCCCAGGGCGAAUCUCGCCGCGCGCUAUCUCGCCUUGGUUCAGCCGAGUGGCGUCGAGAACAAGAUCGACGGGGUCUCCAGUUUAAUAAGCCUCAGUUUGGCGUCUUGCCCGAAGCGUGAGACUGAUGCUACUCUUUCCGAAAACCAACCUUGUAAUUAUAAAACUGUAAUUAUUUCUGCUUGUCCAUGCGACGAGGCGCGUCCCGAAGUCCGUGUAUGCUCAUUAUAUUUCCCGGUGGCCGUCGAGCGAGGAAGGUUGUCAGCAUGGUGUGGAGGCUAUCGGUGGGAAAUUGCGCCGUGAUGUAGGUAAUACCGUUAGUAUCAUCCGAGCCAAGAUAUUCUUACUGGUUUCCAUAUCAAAGCUUCCUUUUUAGCGCUUCGUCCACGAAUUCCAGAUUCACCAUGUCUUCACCAUCUCCUAUCAUACCACUCGAAAUGUCCCGAUGCGCGUUCCCGCCGGAAGUCCCACUUCGUCCACAUAUAUGCCUUUCCUGAUUUCUGCGAUCCCGCUUGGCCCGAUCAAUCGCCAUUCCUCAUCGGUGUG